GUUGCCGAAGCUGUAACUGAAAAUGUUGAAAUUAAUGAAGAACUGUUUGAUGUGGAUGAUGUACCAGAUUUGGAGAAUUCGAAUGAAAAAGAUGAGGAUGCUGCUGCAAAGAUUGCCAGGCUGAAGUUGGAAGAAAAGAAUAGUGUAAAAUAA